GGGGCGGCUGGUGCAGGCACAUGUGGGAGUCCUUCCUCACGUGGUGCCAGGUAGCAUAACCCAUGAGCCUGAGUCUUGUUCAGUUGGGCUUGGCCUGUUCUUGCUGACACCUUCCCUUUUCAGGCCAUGCGGACCCUCAGCUGGAAGCAUACCCUGGGCCUGGUCACCAUGGAUGUUGAGCUAGCCGACCGUACCCUAUCUGUGGCAGUGACCCCUGUGCAGGCAGUGGUCUUACUGUACUUCCAGGACCAAGCCAGCUGGACCCUGGAGGAGCUGAGCAAGGUGGUGAAGAUGCCUGUGGGACUGCUGCGGCGCCGUGUGUCUGUGUGGCUGCAGCAGGGCGUGCUACGGGAGGAGCCUCCUGGCACCUUCUCUGUCAUCGAAGAGGAGCGGCCUCAGGACUGCGACAACAUGGUGCUCAUAGACAGCGAUGAUGAGAGCGACUCAGGCAUGGCCUCCCAGGCUGACCAAAAGGAGGAGGAGCUGCUGCUCUUCUGGACGUAUAUUCAGGCCAUGCUGACCAACCUGGAGAGCCUCUCGCUGGAGCGUAUCUACAGCAUGCUCCGCAUGUUUGUGAUGACCGGCCCUGCGCUGGCCGAAAUCGACCUGCAGGAGCUCCAGGGCUACCUGCAGAAGAAGGUGCGCGACCAGCAGCUCAUCUACUCAGCGGGCGUCUACCGCCUGCCCAAGAGCUGCAGCUGAUGCCCCCCACACAGCAUCCCUGCCUAUGUGACCACCUGGGUGGAAACCCCGGGGGGCAUGCUCUAUCCCCAUGUCCCUGUCAAACCCCCCCCCACCAAAUCCUACACGCCUGCCCAACUCCCUUCUCCCCACUGACCCUGCCCUGUCAUCU